UAGUUUGAAAGCUGUCUGGGGCCCUGGCGAAGUGUACUGCUAGCCACAUUGCGAACAAAGUUACAAUCUUUUUGAAAUAAAUUCAAGGAAUAGUGGAGCCAUUUUAUCCCGGAAACACGUCUGCUACUUUUGGGACCAUGCGGUGGUGAGAGGGAGCAACAGCCCGGCGAGAUACGUGGAAGCAGGCGGUGUUUUUUUUUUGUUUUUCUUUUACUAGCAUUGUUAUAUUGCAUCUUGACUGAGUUGCAUUGAACUCCACACGCAAGGAGAAAAGAAAGCUAGCUGGCUAAGGUGCUAGCCGGCUAGCUGGCUAGCGGCGGCUAUCCAGCCAACUCGCGUGCUAUUCACUUCCUUGUUGCACACUGGAGUGUGAUGGAAGGCGAGCUGAAGUUUGUGGAGGGGGCACGGAGUUGUUUUACUUUGACUUUAACCCGAUCUGGUUAAUGGAUUUACAUGCUUGCAUGAGCUGCAACAUUACAGAAGAACUGGAUUUUAAAUUUAGAGGGGCUUUGGGCCUUGUGCUUUGACCAUGAAAUGGAAUACGACUGUCUAGCUUGGACACAGUUAGCUAUUGGAAGCUUGCUGGCGGCUAAACCGACUAGCAUUAGCUAGCGAAACUGAGAUAUUACAGUACCAACUGGCUCUAUAACUAAACGGCAUAUUGUGGAUUUUAUGUGGCGGAAUCGACAGGCACCAAGUGUCAUGAAAUAACUACCAUCGGGGAUAAAUGCCUAAUUCAGAGGUGCUUCGCGAGGCUCGCGGACGGAGCCCCUCUGCUCAGAGGAAUGCUAACAGACAGGACAGGCGUAGCAAACCCGGGAGCGGUGCUGCUCAGCGAGACAGACACCGGGAGAAGAGGCGGUCGUCGGCUUCUCGGAAAAAGAAACGCAGACAGACUAAGGGAAAGGAUCUGUGGUGCACCGGUACAACGGGAGACCCCAACAUUAACCGAAAGGGCACUUUUGAUAAAGACGCCGAACUUCGGACAUUGGUAGAGUACGAUGACGUGAGCUCCCAGUCAGAGAGGUUUUCUGGCAGCCCUUCUCCCAAACUUGACCCCCACGCUGCUGACAGGCUGUCAGUGGACCGACUCAGCGAUGGUGACUGUAAUGGACCGGCUUCCCCAGACAGAAGUCACCCGAGAGACCGGGAGGCGGUGUGCGUCGGCAAAGACGAACAAACACGAGGACCAUCCGAGAGGAGCAAGCCAGAGAAGGACUUGCCAAGCAGGAAAAAGGACCGCCAGAGCCGCGAGAGAGACUCCUCCAAAGUCAGGAGUGGAGGUAGCCUGGGUGGCUCUAAGAAUCCCAGAGACACUACAAGGAGCAGUGACAGAAAUGGUAAAAGGACAUCUUCAUCCCAGUCCUCGCAAACUGCAGAUAAGCGGGAUUCAAAAAGGCCGAAGAGUAAAACCAGAUCUGAUAAAGAGCCACCAUCUGCAUACAGAGAUGCUCCACAAUCCUACAGGGAUGAGCGGGAAGACCCCAGGGCAUACAAGAGAAGUCCUGCUUUGAAAGCAGAAAGUCCCUAUGGGACGUCUUAUUCAUAUAGCUACCAGUCCCCUGGUGGUUAUAACCAGCCAAUAUCUAGAAGAAGUCCAACUUAUGGGAGCAAAAGACUCUCUCCCAGCUCCGCAUAUUACAGCCGGGAUGGAGAUGGGUACGGGCCGUACGGUGUGCCCAAGUCACCCACUUCCUACUCCAGCAACAAAAGGAAGCGAUCUCCAGCGAGCCCAGCAAACUGGCGCAGGUCCCCAAGUUAUGGCCGACACAGUCCGUUUGAACAAGGAGAGUUCGGUGCAAGUCCUUAUGGGAACCGCAGGAGAUCCAGGAGUCCAUACAGAAAGUCCCUGAGCCCAAGUCCAGAUGUCAGGCGAUCUGCUCGAUCACGUAGCAGAAGUCCAUAUUCAAAGCAUUCACGCUCUCGUAGUCGUCACCGCCACUCUCGCUCCCGCAGUCGCCCCUCUAGCCUCUCGCCGAGCACGAUCACCUUCAAAACCAGUCUUGCUGCUGAACUCAGCAAGCAGAAAAGGGUUAAAGCUGCAGAAGCAGCGGCCAAGGCUAAGAACUGCAGCAACACAUCUACUCCAACCAAGGGCUCCUCAUCUGCUCAUCAACCCAGCCCGAAGCCCAAUCACACAUCCAGAAAGGGCCGCCCUCCCUCCCCACCGCAGCCGGAGAAAGGUCCCAGAACUCCCACAUCAAGCCUGCCCCAGUCCCCCUCCGACAGGUCGGCCAAGAGGACCGCCGAGCACCCGACCAGCAGGGACAGAGAUGGAAAGGGGAAAGAUGACUCUGUGCAUCGGGACAAAAGGAAAGCGGCAGCGGCUGGACAGAGCAAAGAGAAGGAACGAGCCACUGGUCCACUCAUCUCCGCUCUAACAUCCCUACCAUUGCCCCUCGCGGUUCUUGAGCACAUGAAUAAAGGAGAAAGCUUGCUCUCAGGGAAGAAAAAGUCAGAGAGAAAGGCCCGUCCGCUUCUUUCCGACUUGCCUCUCCCCCCUGAACUUCCUGGUGUCACGUCUUCCCCGCGCAGCCCACCCGACGACAAGAAGUCCCAAACUCUUCGCCGAAGACCUAAAAUCUGUGGCCCGAGAUACGGCGAGAUCAAGGAAACUGAGAUAGAUUGGGGCAAACGCUGUGUGGAUAAGUUUGAGAUUAUUGGAAUCACAGGGGAAGGCACCUACGGUCAGGUGUACAAAGCUAAAGACAAAGACACCGCUGAAAUGGUGGCUUUGAAGAAAGUUCGGCUGGACAACGAAAAGGAGGGCUUCCCAAUCACAGCCAUCAGAGAGAUUAAGAUUUUGCGACAACUCAACCACAAGAGCAUCAUAAACAUGAAGGAGAUCGUCACAGACAAGGAGGACGCUCUCGAUUUCAAGAAUGAUAAAGGCGCUUUCUAUCUCGUCUUCGAAUACAUGGACCACGACCUGAUGGGUUUGCUGGAGUCCGGCCUGGUGCACUUCAACGAGAGCCACAUCAAGUCGUUCAUGCGACAGUUGCUGGAGGGCCUCGACUACUGCCACAAGAAGAACUUCCUGCACCGAGACAUCAAGUGCUCCAAUAUUCUGCUCAAUAACAAAGGUCAAAUUAAGCUGGCAGACUUUGGUCUCGCUCGGCUGUAUAACUCUGAAGAGAGUCGUCCGUACACCAAUAAAGUGAUCACACUAUGGUACCGUCCCCCAGAGCUGCUCCUGGGAGAAGAGAGGUACACGCCGGCUAUUGACGUGUGGAGCUGCGGAUGCAUUCUUGGAGAACUGUUCACAAAGAAACCAAUUUUUCAAGCAAAUCAGGAGCUUGCACAGUUGGAGCUCAUCAGCCGGAUAUGUGGAAGCCCCUGUCCUGCUGUCUGGCCGGAUGUAAUAAAACUUCCCUUCUUCAACACCAUGAAACCAAAGAAACAGUACAGGAGACGGUUACGAGAGGAGUUUGCUUUCAUCCCUCCGUCUGCCCUGGACCUGUUUGACCACAUGUUGAACUUGGACCCCAGCAAACGCUGUACAGCCGAACAAGCGCUGGGCAGCGAGUUCCUCAAGGACGUGGACCCAGACAAGAUGCCCCCGCCAGAUCUUCCGCUGUGGCAGGACUGUCACGAGCUGUGGAGUAAGAAACGUCGGCGGCAGAAGCAGAUGCCAGAGGAAGCGGCGGCCCCCAAGGCGCCCCGCAAAGAGCUGGGCCUCGACGACAGCCGCAGUAACACUCCUCAGGGCUUCCCUGCUCCCGGAGGGGUUAAAGCUCCCAAUGCGGCUGCUUCUACACUGCUGGACCCAAAGGGUCCGAGCUCCCAGUUGACCCAGGAGCAGCUAGCGGUCCUCCUGAACUUCCUCGGCCAGUCCAAGAGUUCGGCCAACACAGCCCAGUUCGUCCAGUCCAUGAGCACGAAGGUGAAUCAGGAAACAUUACAGCAGCUCUCCAAAGCCCUCGGGCCCUCUGACCCAGCUGAGCCUCCUCCUCAACCCGCGCCGGCGAAGCCUCCCCAGCCCGCCGCCCCGUCAGGCGUGCCCCGUACGCCCCCGAUGCCCAAGCCUCCUUCACCCCCCAUGUCUGCGCCGUCGGGUAUUCCAGAAGGAGAGGCCGCAGCUGCCACGCAGACGGCCAUGACGAUGCUGCUGGCCCAGCUCCUCCAGGCUCAGCAGGCUCCGAGGCAGGAACCGAGUAAUGGUGGAGAAGGGGCGGAGAGUACCAACCCAGGAGCAGCAGCAGGAGGGCAGCCUCCACCUCCAGAAGUUAAACAGCCUCCAGAGCCCAGCCCGGUCUCUCCAGUGUCUGAUGUCGGUGGUGUGUCCAUCCUGCCUCCAAACCAGAGACCACCUGAGCCUCCAGAGCCACCUCCACACGCUGACCUGGACUACCGGCAGCCUCCACCUGAACCCAAGACUGGCCACGCUCCACCGAUUGCGUCCGCAGGUGGAGGUGAUGGAGGGAGACCCCCAGAGCCAGACUACCCACCUCUCCCCACUGCAGAGGGGCCCGGGUACGGCGGAGACUACAUCCAUCCGCCUCCGCCCCCCUUUACCCCUGCAGGGUUUGGGGACGGUUACAUGGGUCACAUGUUGGGUGGGGGCCUGCCGCCUCACGCUCUGAGGGAAGUGUUUGGCGGACACGGACCGGCUGCCGGCUCCUCGUCUAAUACAGGCGUUCUGGCCCCGGCCCACCCAGACCCCUUCCCGCCAGGUGCUGGAGCCACCGGACCCAGCAGCAUGGUGUUCACCGGGGACCAGGACCACCGGUUUAAAUACAAUCACAGCCCGUUACCCGUGGAGGGACAGCCUAACCCCAGUGCUAUCCACCUGUACAACCACGCCUUGGCUCGAAAGGACGGUGGACCUCCUCCCCCACCAGGACAACCCUGGGGCUCCCCUUCCCAAGUGGGGGCUCCGCCGCUACCCCUCGGCUUCGUCCCACAUGUGAACUCAACCAUCAGGGGACGAGGCCUGCCUUUCUGAAAGACUGGAAAUAGUAAAUGGCAGUUUGUGACAAUAGACAAAAAUGUUAGAGGACUCAGUUUUGAGUCCGAAGCCUCUCGGGCCAGACCAGAGGGAUCUGGAGAUGCACACUCGGUUUGUAAAAACUUAAAUCUGUGUCAGGCAUUGUAUUCCUUCUCAGUCUGGAAUGUGGAGUACGGUGCAGAAGGACGGCCGAAUAACACCGGAGGAGCUUUUCUCGCUCAUACCAUUUUCCUAUGUUUUUGUAAUCUAUUCUGCUGUCUUUUAAAUUAAGCUUUUACCUUUUCUGUGUGUACAUUUAUCAGGCUGGGUACAUUUUAAAUCUCCUACCUUAGCCUCUCUGUAACUGCUCCCGGGCAGACUAGUAUUAAUGUUUUGCACUACUGACUGAAGUAGGCGGAAACUAUUUUAGCUAUGAAAUGAAAUGGAUGGUGUGCUUUAUCUGCACAAUUAGGAAUCUGAGCAGUAAUGUAGUGUCCUCUUUUUAUUACGGCCUUUAUUAUGUUGAAGCAAUGAUGGCUCAGCUGAUUGGCUGAUGGCGUACGUAUCGGCACAGGGAGCUAUUUGAGGAAGGACUGUUGGUUCCAGACGGACCGGUAUAGCACUUGGACGACUGCAGAGAAUCCGACUUCAUGGAGAAAGGCUGUUGUCAUUUGAAAGUCCACAUGCCUUUUUGCCAAUAGGUGUUGUAAAAUCAUGAACAAAACAGAAAAUACACAAAUCACGUUAAUAAAAACAAAUGUCUUUUUCUUUUUGUACUGAAAUGAUUUUGUCCCCCUCCCUCCUCCGGCAAAUGUUUAUUAAAGAAAUGCCAUCAAUGAA